AUGCCACCCAAGAAGAGCGCCGCUUCGGGUCGCAGCGCGACGUCGAAGAGCACCAAACCCGCCAAAGCGUCGCAGAAGAAUUCGAUUGGGAAUGAUGAGGAUGACAAUGAAGAAACCGCUGCCCCAAAGGCGAAGGCCGCGUCUGGGAAAAAAUCGAAGAAGAAUUCGGCUGGGAAUGAUGAGGAUGACCAUGAAGAAACCGCUGCCCCAAAGGCGAAGGUCACGUCUGGGAAAAAAACGAAGAAGAAUGUGGACGAGACUGUCGCUGUCCCGGAGCCUGAGCCUCCCAUGGAAUUAAAAAGAAAGGCCAGCUCCAAUCCGAAGGGCGUCCGAAUCGUUCACGCUGUUCGACUCGAAAACAACGGCGCUCUUCUCGCCGGCUAUCUCGGCUUUCAACAUACCGGUCAACUGAAGGAGUUCUUCGCGGAUCCUCGCGUAGACAAGCUGCUUAAGACGUGGGACGAAUCUCGUACCGCAAACUAUGGUUGCGACUAUGCCGUUGUCAAGCAGCAGGGAAUCGUUACUAUUGACCGCGUUUUCGACAUCUCAACAUUGCCCGCUCCAGCAAAGAUGCCACCCAAGAAGAGCGCCGCUUCGGGUCGCAGCGCGACGUCGAAGAGCACCAAACCCGCCAAAGCGUCGCAGAAGAAUUCGAUUGGGAAUGAUGAGGAUGACAAUGAAGAAACCGCUGCCCCAAAGGCGAAGGUCACGUCUGGGAAAAAAACGAAGAAGAAUGUGGACGAGACUGUCGCUGUCCCGGAGCCUGAGCCUCCCAUGGAAUUAAAAAGAAAGGCCAGCUCCAAUCCGAAGGGCGUCCGAAUCGUUCACGCUGUUCGACUCGAAAACAACGGCGCUCUUCUCGCCGGCUAUCUCGGCUUUCAACAUACCGGUCAACUGAAGGAGUUCUUCGCGGAUCCUCGCGUAGACAAGCUGCUUAAGACGUGGGACGAAUCUCGUACCGCAAACUAUGGUUGCGACUAUGCCGUUGUCAAGCAGCAGGGAAUCGUUACUAUUGACCGCGUUUUCGACAUCGUGCGCUUGUCCACUCAGAAGAAGCCCGUCACAGCAGAGUUCCUCGAGCAGACGACCCUCCCCUUUACAGGGAAAUCCUUUGAAGAGGACUUUAUGCAGUCCAACGACCCAUGCCGAGCCGUUGUCGCCAACCUUAUCCCCAUGUUUACGCUGAUGAGGCUUCACCCCGAGUGCUUCCCCAAGGCCACCGACGACGACGUUGACGGAGCGAACGGCUUUAUCGGCGGAUACACAGCCGAAAGCUGGUCCCGGGCACUCUGGGCUGUUAGACACUGGAGGAAGUCCAAACAAAAAUCGAAGGACGACGAUGAAAAGGGUACUUCCAAGGCACAGCGAAAGCAGGCGCUGCUCCCAUAUUUGCUCACCGACGCCGAGGCCGCAGGUCGUUUCAGCGACGAGGGGCAGGCCGCUAUGUUGACUAUGGUCAACAACCCGGACAUGCUCGCCGAAGAAGCAGAGGACCAGGAGGAACUCGACGCGGCUGCCGCAGAAGAACAGGAGAAAGCCGAGGCACUGCAGGACCUAGGGUCCAUCGAUCUCUCUUUCUUAGACAACCUGCGGGUCUCCGGCAACCCCAUCCCGGACGAGGUUUUGCCUAGGCUACCCGAGCGUACCAUCGAAACCUUUCUCCUCUCAAUGGGUGCAAAGGCCAAGAAGCAGUUGCUCUGGCCGCCGCCCGAGCACGAAGCACACUCCUUCAAUCACACCGACGAGAUCGCGGUUGCCAGGCAUCAGGCGUCCGCCACAGUCGAACAAACCAAGCAUCCCGAGAAAGAUGACGAGAUGCUGGAGACCGAGGCUUUCUGGGAACUCCAGAGGGCUAUAAACAGCGUCAGCAGCGAAGCGCCUGACUUCGCCGAGGCCUGUUCUCUCCUCCAGUUCAACCCGAAAGUCCCGAAUGAGUGGAAGGUUGGUUUUCGCCAUCUCAAGGACUACCAGGUGCCUGCGGUCGCGUGGGCACUUAUCAUGCUCACGAGUGGUGGUGGCUGCGGCAUCAUUGGCGACGAUGUCGGUCUCGGCAAGACCGCUGAAGCGGUCUGUACCAUGGUCUUACUGCCCACGGUUGGGGAACGUCUUACAAAAUCGGCGCCGAAGGACAACCGCACCAUCCGCCAGGAAGAAGCCCAAGCUCUGCUGCCUCAACGAGAGGAACAAGCACUGAAGGAAGAUCUCCCAGACACCCUCGUUGACGACUUCACCCGCCUGCAGCCCGUCAACACGUUGACGCUGGAGCACCUUCGCGUUCAGGCCCGCCGUUAUAAGCCGACCCUCUUGGUCAUUCCUAGCGUCGCGCUGCAGGGAUGGAGGGCGGAGAUGGGCCUUCAGUCGUCCCUUGUCGCCCGUCUCUGGAUGGGCGACAAGGCGCGCUCCGAUUGGACCGACCUUAAGGAGUUGGUUGAUGGCAACGCAGCUGACUUACGUGCGGCUGUCGAUGCCUUGGACGCGAACGACCCGAACACCCAACGGCAUAUCUUCAUAACGACGUACCAAACGCUUCGUCUUCGAUCCCUACAACACGCCACCGUUGGUAGGACUCCCAAGCGCUCGAGACGCAGGCCCGCCCAGCCCUCCGAUUCAGACUCUGAGGACGGCGACGAUGAAGACGGCGGAAGGUUGAGCGAAGAGCAAAUUCGCAACAUGCGCUCACUUCUGCAAGGACUUUUCGGCCUCGUCGUACUUGAUGAGGCCCACAUGGCAAAAAACGCUAGGUCAAGGACGAAUCUCGCUAUCCGCCGCCUAAACGCCGAGAAGAUCUUGUGUUUGACCGCUACCCCGACCCCGAAUCGCCUAUACGAUUUGAAAGGCCCCCUCACUUUGUUCUGGGAGUGCCUCAAACGUAGCUUCCCCUCGAACCCCCCUAGCAGCGAAACGGAUAGCAACUUCGACGCCGGCUCAGACGAAGAAAGUGAGCACGACGAGAUUGUCGACCUCGAUAAGUACGAGAAGAUGACGGGCAUGUUGACCAAGGUCAACAUGGGCCACUCCCUCCGGCCCUUUCAACAAUUUCUCAACCCAUCCGCUUACGGUCGCAUCAUUGGCUCGGCCUCCAUCACGAGCAGCAGCAUUCAGGUGAUGGUCCGACCAAUUCUCUCGGCCAUAAUGCUCCGGCGCGUCAAAGGGCAAGUAUUUAAGCGUCAGAACCAAUCCACCAUCAUCGCUGGGACCGUGCCGCCCUUCAAGGUCACCGUUCGAGAGCUUCGCAUGAACGCUGAGCAGGCCGCCCUCUACUUAGCCGCACACCGUUCUUUAGUCGAUAAGCUCGAAGAUAAGGACAAGAAGAAGGCUCGUCAAGACGAUGAUAAAGCGAGUGGGGUUCUCAACAUGCACGCCCACCGCUUUCUUUGUCACGCGGUGUUCGACCCUGUUUUAGACGCCUAUAGAAAAAACCCCAAGGAGAUAACCGCCGCUAAGCUGGCGACGUACACCUCGAAGGACGACGCUGGGUACUCUCUUUACCACCGGAUCACGCGCCCGCGGCCAGGCUAUCCACCCCACGACAGCCGUAUCCUCCGCGCCAAGCUUAUGGCCUCUUCCUCAGUCAAGCUGCAGGACCUGUGCGGCAUCAUUCAGAAUGUUUGCUACGAAGGCGGCCACAAAUUGAUGGUGUUUGCCGUCUGGCCGGCGGUGUUAACUGAGAUUGAGAUGUUCUUGACCACCUUAGGCAUCCCUUUUUACAGUAUCCGCGCCGCCUUUAGCCAACCGCAGAGGCAAUCGGCCCUGGCAAAGUUCAACGACCCGGCCGACGAAGUCAAAAUUCUCCUCUGCUCUAGCCGCACAGCGUCUACGAGUUUCAACGCGCAAGCUGCAUGCCACCACUUGGCUAUUCUGGAACUGGACUGGUCCUUAGCCACCAUCGAUCAGAUCAUAGGUCGGUUAUGGCGAGUGGGGCAGUCAAAGAUCGUCGAUGUGUACAUUCUCGUGGUGGACUUUACCUACGACCAAGUUCUGCAAGCAAGGGCAACUAAAAAAGCCUUAGCCCAGCUAGCCUCGCAGGCGCGAAUCAAAGAGAAGCCUGACGACGACGACAACGAGGAGGACGAGAACGAGGACGAGACCGCCGAUGACAAGGCGGAAGCAGAGGACAGCACUGAAAAUGCUAAGGUGAACCAGUGCAUCGAGUACUACACUCGUCUUUAUGGUUUCCGCUCUCCGAGGCACGAGUGGGACAACGCUCGUGAUCUCGCUGCCAAAGACAACCUGGAAACCGAAAAGGGUUUCUGCAUGAAAGGCCGUCCUAAUAUCCUUACGCGUUACCGGCCUCAGCUUCCUCUUAGUGGCCUCUCGAACUCGUUCGCCACCCCCGAGUACGGCAACAAGCAGGCAACCCUGGACCGUUUCGUGUCCAAGAAGACCACCGCAGCAUCUGCGACGGAGAAUGAGAAGAGUCACGAUACCACCGAGGCUACCUUAGCCGAUGAUCCCAUCUUGGAUGACGACAAUAACCCGGGCCCGGCCACCACGUUCUCCGCUCCUCCACCACGUCCAGCUCAGCCUGCGAAGAAACUUCCUGCGAAGAAACAGCCUGGCGAGUCUAGGUUUAUUGCACAGUACGCCAAGGAAAAAGAGGAGAAGGAGAAAGAGGAGAAGGCGAAGAAGGAGUCGUCGAAGCCCUCAGGGCCGCGCAAGACGUCGGGUCGACAAGGCAAGAAAGGUCGCGACAACGACGGCAACCCUUCACAGGAGAGCGACGCCGACGAGCCCUCGCCGCUUCGGCGCUCUAGUCGAGGCAAGGCCUCCUCGCAAGAGUCGCUAGUUUCUACUGCACCUGCCAAGCGGAAGAGGCAGCAUGAGGAUUUCGGCGCGGACGCUCCAGACUCACCUCGCCCGAAGCGCCAACGUGGCAAGCCUGCGGCCACGGAUGCAAAGAAAACCAGCGCUAAGGCUUCAGUGGAUGACGACGCUAAGAAAAAGGCGAACCGCGACCGCGCAGUUAAGUCUGCUAAUACUCGGAAGGCCAACAAGGCUAAGGAGAAGGAGGAAGCUGAGAAAAGCCUUCCUCAGCCACCUACCCCCUCCGAUAUCACGGCUACGGAGGUUGAACGAAUGGACGCGGAACUUAACUCGAUCUCGGACUAA